AUGGUUUUAUUUUGGCAUAAAGGUGCUGUGUUUGGAGCUGUAAAUGGCCUUCGAAUGGGCUUGUCUGGCACUAGAAGCAUGGCUUGGUCCAAACCUCGCAAUGUUCAAGUCCUGAACAUGGUGACCCGCCAAGGUGCCACAUGGGCAAACACUUUGGGUUCUUAUUAUAUGUGUUCAGCUCUGCUCUACAGCGUGUUUGGGGUUGUCAUAGAGAAGGCGAGAGGGGCAGAGGAUGACCUCAACAUGAUUGUUGCUGGAACCAUGACUGGCAUCCUCUCCAAAUCUCCAGAGUUCUUAGAAAAGAAGUUCAGGGAAGAAUACAGUAUGUCGCAGUUCAGCUUCUGA